AAUGGCGGCGCGGUCGUCGUCGGGGGCGGCGGCGGUAGAGGGGGCGGUGGCGGUGGCGACGGCGGCCGUGACUGCGGCGCAGGUCCCGGGCCGGGGGCAAUGAGGCUGGCCCGCCGCGGAGCCGUGUAGCGGACACACAGACCCUCCUCCCCGCCUCGGCCAGGCCGGGGGCGCGCGCGCGCGCGACCGUCCGCAGCAGGCUCCCCUCUCCGGACUCCGAGGCCCCGCACGGCACCCCCCACCCGGGCCCGGAGGAUGAUGAAGCUCAAGUCGAACCAGACCCGCACCUACGACGGCGACGGCUACAAGAAGCGGGCCGCGUGCCUGUGCUUCCGCAGCGAGAGCGAGGAGGAGGUGCUGCUUGUGAGCAGUAGCCGCCAUCCAGACCGAUGGAUUGUCCCCGGAGGAGGCAUGGAGCCCGAGGAGGAGCCCAGUGUGGCAGCGGUCCGGGAAGUCUGUGAGGAGGCUGGAGUGAAAGGGACACUGGGAAGACUGGUUGGAAUUUUUGAGAACCGGGAGAGGAAGCACAGGACGUACGUGUACGUGCUCAUUGUCACAGAAGUGCUGGAGGACUGGGAAGACUCAGUGAACAUUGGAAGGAAGAGAGAGUGGUUUAAAAUAGAAGAUGCCAUAAAAGUGCUGCAGUGUCACAAGCCCGUGCAGGCGUCGUACUUUGAGACGUUGAGGCAAGGCUACUCUGCCAACAAUGGCACCCCUGUCGUGGCCGCCACCUACUCCAGCUCUGUGUCGGGCAUCAGAUGACUGCAGACUUCCUGUAAGAGCCGGAGAGUGGAAACCAGACUCAGUGUGGCUCUCCUCAUCACCCCUCACCCUCCUCACAGCUCCUCUUUGACCCGGGCAUGGUGGGCAGCAGAGGGUACACUGAGGUGCUGCUGUGGGGUGUGGUGUGAUGUGGGUGGGGUGUGGCGUGGUGGGAACUUUUCUCUUUCUCUUUUUCCUGAGGUGGGGACUGGGAUGUAACUCACGAGUACUUUCCUGCAUGCUCCGUCCUCCCUUGCUCGCCCUGCCCUCAGAGAGGGAACCCGUUCUCCCCUCCCUGGGUUCUCAAGCGUUCCCAUUUGCCUCAUCCCAGCCUGGCCAGGUAUUUUCUCUGAUUUUUUUUUUUUUUCCAUUAAAAGACACCCAUGGUGAGAUGAAACUUUGUAGGAAUCUGUCCUGUGAUGUGCUGUUGAGUCCCAUGGGUCGGCUGUGUUCCCUUCAGGAUGCAUUCGUCUGUACAUUAUACCCUGACCUGAUAUGUAAAUGAGUGAUUUAGAAAGAGGAUCUUGACUGUUCAGUUUUUCAGUUUUGCUUUUUGUUUUUCAUUUUUAUUUUAUUUUAUUUUUUAUUCCAGGUAUUUCUAGUUUAAGGCCCCUCACACUUGACAUGUUUGUUCCAAUGCUGUGACUAGGUGGGUUUUCCUGUCCUGUAUUCCCCCAGCUACGGUGAGCUUAGCCAUCUUCCUCGUGCACCCGGGACCCUAGUCUUCUCUAGGCUGUUUCCAUGCCAAGGAACCUGUUUUCUGUUCCCAAGCCUGGAGCAAAUGGCCUCAGCCCAGAGCCAAAGAAACAGUGAUAUAAAUUGAAUUCUGCCCGAUACGUUCACAGUAGGCUUUAAACUGGAUACCUUCACUGUCUCAGAAACUGGACCAUCAAGCACCAUGUCUAUCCUGCUGGCUGGGAAUUUUUUCCAUAACGCUAUUCAUUGCUGACAUGGCCUCUCUUACCCUUGUAUGCCUUACACCACACUGACCUGCAUAUGGCCCCAUGCUCUGAAGCUAUCCUGCACAGUCCUAUCCCCACACUGAGAGGCCCCGCUGAGGUCCUGAGAAGUCCAUGGGGAAAGUGUGUGCCUGUGUCUCUGAGGUCUGAGCAUGUGCCAAGGUUGCACCAAGAGCAUGCUCAGAACAUUAGCUUGCUGUCUGCCCUGUGUGAAAGGUCAUCUGUAGGAGGGGCUCACUUACAACCCUCUGGCUUGCUGCAGACUCCUGUUGGUGUUUUGUGCUGAACUCAUCUGCCAGUUGUGGUGUUUAGUUGGGACUUAAAGGGGCUUGGACAGGGCCUUGAUCAAGGAGGGUGGGAGGGAGCUGAUUCCUGGCUUAGUGUGGGGCUUGGUACUCUGUGGCAUUGCCUGUGUUGAAACGUAGCCAAGAUGUGAAAUUAAAAUAGUACUUCUCUUUAUUUAAAAACUAAUAAAUACUCGAACUUUGAAAAGUUUUUGCUCUUCACUCCACUUAAGGAAUAUAUGUGAUACUGAGUCAUCAAUAUUCAAGACUUUUGGGGUAUCAGCUGAUGAACUUUAAAUUUUACAUGUAUCUCAUUUGCAUUUUGUCUCCCAGUGUUGACACACAGAUCCCAACUCAGUGUGGGUGAUGGGGUCGUGGACUCUCUCAGACCUCUGGGACAGGAAUGGCCUCCCAGGGUAGGGGCGCAAUGGGUAGAAGAAGCACCAUGGGGGCUGGAGAGAUGGCUCAGAGGUUAAGAGCACUGACUGGCUGCUCUUCCAGAGGUCCUGAGUUCAAUUCCCAGCAACCACAUGGUGGCUCACAACCAUUUGUAAUGAGGUCUAGCACCCUCUUCUGUGUACAUAAUAAAUAAAUAAAUCUUAAAAAAAAAAAAAAAGAAGAAGAAGAAGAAGCAGCACCAUGGGAUUUGCGUCCAGAGACCAACUUGCUCUCUUUGUGGGUCAAGCUUGUAGACAAACACUGCUGCUUGUUGCCUGGCUUAGAGCAUUCUAGAGUCCUGCCUGCACACACAGAGGAAACUUAAUCCCAAGCCACAUUGUUUUGGAGCAGCUCUGCUUGAGCACACAGCGAUGGUGCUCUGCUGGGAACUGCACUCUGCAGGUGUGCUGGCUGGGCUGCUGUUUUGAUAACCGGCCCCCAAAGGCCAAUUUUGAUUGUUCUUGGAGUCACUGGGUCAAGAAAGUGAACGGUGCUGAGUCCCCUUCAGUGGCACCAGUGGUCCUGUUCCAGCAGUCAGCAGCAGUAACUGGGCCACCACAUUCACUGACAAGCCAGCUCGGAAUAGCCCCACUAUAGUCAGGGUCUGGUGCUUUCCUGGGCCCCAGGAGUAGGGCUGGUGUUUUUCCCUCCUGGCACAGUCAGUGUGCUGGCUGUGGCUGCUGGCAUAGUUGGAGACCUUGUGAUGGAUUGGUUAGGGCCACAGCCUUUAACUUGGUGAAGAAGGUCGAGAGAAGAAAGUAAAAAGAAAUCCAGCCCAUCAUCGAACAGAUUCCUGUGCUCAGUCUCUGACUCACAGUAAAUUUGCAUGUCCUAGAUUCUGUUGCUGCUGAAAUCCCCAUUAGAGUCCCCCAUACUGGGGUAGAAAAAGAUAGCAUAGAGUGGUUUUUACAUUUCUUUUUAAAGAUUUAUUUAUUAUGUUUACAAUGUUCUGUCUGCAUAUAUUCCUACACCCCAGAAGAAGGAACCAGAUCUCAUCAUAGAUGGCUGUGAGCCAUCAUGUGGGUGCUGGGAAUUGAACUCAGGACCUCUGGAAGAGCUGCUGUUGCUCUUAACCUCUGAGCCAUUUCUCCAGUCCCCCCGAGUGUUUUUAAAUUAAAAAAAAAAAAAAACAAAAAACUGCUUUGUCUGUUUAUUAUUUUAGACAUUGGAGAAACACCAGUGAGGUCAUGUGCUCUUUUUAAGCCAGGAAUUAACUCUGUGCAUACGUGAUAGAACAGGCCAGAGACCAGAAGCCAGGCACAGUUUAAUCCAGAGUAAUGCUUAUAAUCUCAACAUUUGGGAGGCUAAAGCAGGUUAAGGCUAGCCUGGGCUCCAUAGUCUUUUUCUGAGGAGUGGGGAGAGAAAUGAAUCAGCCAUGUUAUAUUUUCUGUAGUGUUCCAGACUCUGCAGCCAGUCUAAUAAGAGUCCUGACAGUUUCCACAGGGGUGCUCCGGCCCUGUCAGUGCUGUGUGGAGAAAGCUCCGUCCCCGUCCAGAAGGCUGCUGAAAGCCUAGAAUCCGGGUACAGAGGACUUCUGUCCUCUGCCUUGUGCUGCACAGUCCUGAGAACAGGGAGGCCACUAGAGGUCUUGCUUCCUGCAGCCCCAGGGACCAUGGUGGGUUACUGCACCCAGGAGUGGGUCAGAGUGGUGGUGUACAGCUGUUACAUAGCCAGGUUCCUUAGUGGAAAAGAAAUACUGUGUGUGCAUUAGGAGCUGCCCUACGAGCCUCUGGGCUUGCUGAGGAGGAAAGGCCAGCUCUCAGGAAAGCUUGCAGCUGCCCCUCUGUCCUGCCCUUUCUCGUCCCUCCAUUCUCGCUGGAGGCUGGUUCUGCAGCUCAGCUGGGCGGGGCCUGCGGUCACCCUGUUGUGUGUUUGGCAUGCUGUCCUUCAUUCAUUUCUCAUUUCUGUCCCAUGCUGGCACACGCCUAGAGUCCCAUCUUCAUCUUAAAAAUAGCUCAGCCUGAACCACAUGCCCCUCCCGGGUCACAGAAAGGCCUGAAGGAGCACUGUGAUUCCCCCCCCACCCCCCCCCCCCACACACACACAGGGUUUCUCUGUGUAGCCUUCGCUGUCCUGGAACUCACUCUGUAGACCAGGCUGCCUCUGCCUCCCGAGUGCUGAGACUAAAGGCGUGUGCCAUCACUCCCAGCUAAGCAAUGUGGUUUGUGUUGCAGUGGGCUGAUUUUGCUAUUUUUGAAGUGUACUCUCAGUGUGUCCUAGUUGAGAUAAGAUUUAGAAUUAAAGGGGAAAUACCUGAAGAAUUUUUUUUCAAGAAAAAGGAGAAAUGGCUAUAACUGACAGUGCUUCCGACUGCGUUUCAGAAAACAGUCCUCUUCUUGACAAAGCGGGGUGGGGACAGGAUGGGGCAGCCAGACAGCGUGGGGGUGCAGGGAAGCCAUUUGGCUCUUUGGAAAGGUACUUCUGCCUGCUGCCGAGAGCGGGGUGUGCUCUCUCCUCCACCUGUGUGGAGCCUGUCUCUCUGUGCAGUGAUGGCCCAGCAGUGACCCACCUGUCAUUGGAGUGUGCAGAAGCGGAGUCCAGUGUCCAGGGAGCUCUGUUUCCCCAUCACAGUAUAACACUGAGACAGGUUGACUGCCGUCUGAGGAUGCUCCUUACUCUGGGCCCCCAGAUCCCCUUACCCAAUCUCCGCAGCUUUGUGCUGUGACCGGGGUAUUUCGCUAGCCCAGAGACUUCUUAGCCGAGUGCUGGAAGGAUCUAAGAAGCUUGAUCAAGGGCCCGAGAGUGAUGCCUCGCCUUCCUGUGUCAACCAGCUUGUCCUGACCCCUUCCUUCUCACUUGUGAUAUUUGGGUACACUCCUUGAGUUGAGUCCAGCAGUUUGGCUGUCUGUGACAUGAAGCUUUGUUAGAGUUGCUCCUGUCCCCAUGCCGUGAUGACUCGGGGAGCAUAGUAGGAAGACUGCUCUUUCACAAGCCAGAGGGCCUCUGCUGGGAAGGAGGAAGUCGUGGUGAGGGGCCCUCUACAAGGUGAAGUCACUGCUUCUUCCCUUGUGGUCAGCUGUCAACCCAGGUUUUUCCUCACUUAACGAAGAACCAGUUUUGAGCCCUAACACUUAUCUGACUUAUUAGACAACACUGGAAAAGGCCCCAUGUUUUAUUUAUUUUGUUUUUUCCAGACAGGGUUUCUCUGUGUAGUUCUGGCUGUCCUGGAACUCUCUUUGUAGACAAGGCUGUCCUUAAACUCACAGAGGCCUGCCUAUGCCUCCUGAGUGCUGGGAUUAAGGACAAGCAUCGCUGUUCCUGUUCAGAGCAGUCUUUCUAACCGAGUAGGGAAAAGGAUGAGGGGCCUCAGUCUGGCUGUUGGGCCUUCGGGAUCCUAUGAAGUGGUUGCUCAUAGGAAAUCUUUUUGCCUGCAAACUCCUGCUGGCCAUUUCUUCAUUUGAGCUGUGAUCCUGGCUCUUUGGCCCUGAGUUAAGCAAUCUCCUAAGCUAGUAAUGGAUCAAUAGCCUCCUCUGUACAGUGAGAAGCUCUUGAGGGAUAACUGAGCCUUGGUUAUCCGUCCCUUUGGGAUGGAGAGACGCACCAUUUAUGAGAAGACAGUAGUGUCGGUUAUUCUUUGCCUAUAGUUUAAGAGACCUGACUUUCCCAUGGGAAAGCCAGGAACAGGACAGGACCACCCAGGAGCAGGUCUGGGGUGAGGCUUGAGAGAACACUGGUGAGGAAGCCGUUCCAGGGAGCCAGAGGCCAUGUCCUCCUGAGAGAGGGAGGGUAGCCUUCCAGACUGCAGCCCACAGACCGUCUGUACCUGUGGCUGGGAGCCUUGGUCUCAGAACUUCUCAAGGGGCUUCUAAGAACUGUAACAGAGGGCUGAGGAGGUGGCUCUCUUGGUUGAAUGCUUGCCCAGCAUGCAUGAGGCCCUGGGUUCUGUCCCCAGUCCUGAAAAGCAAAAACCUGCAUAGCUUAGGCUCUUGGGCCUCAGCAAACAGACGUGGUGUGCUCUGUAGAAGAGCAGAAUGUGGUUCUCCCAGUGAGAGAGCUCACUGGGCCGGUCUGUUGUAAAAGAACAGCCUGUGGAAUGGUUCUGUGUGUGUUGGCUGUGUUCCCCUGUUCUUAGGGUCUGAACACUUGCAGCUGGUAAUAAUCAAAGAAAAGGGUGGUGGUUCGAAGUAACAUUUUAGUUAGCACAGAUGGCUCCCAGUUGGGUGACUGCUUAAAGAAGUCGGAGCGCUUGAAGGUGUCAGAAGCCCCUGUGAAAUGAAAGCCAAGUGCUGCCCUAUCUGCCUCGUUGAGGCCAAGCAGGAGCAUCUUGUGUCUGCCUUUCUGGCUCUGCCUGGCUCAGGGAUCUUGCCUUCUUCCCGUCCAGAACUCCGUGGGGAUGGAUCUGAGGUAGCAAGGCCCUCGUUCUGGGUGGUGACCGCUGCUACAGAAUGUGCCUCCACCACAGGUACAGCCCUGCUCCACUCAGCAGCAGAGGUUAUGGUGGCCAGGACAUUCCAUUUAGAAGAUGACCUGGUGUGCGUCUCCUGGUGUGUGUGCUGUCCACACGUGCUCUCCUCAUCCAGGGGGCCCACCAGAGGGGGGGCAAAGUUGCCAAGACACGCUGAGUUUGACUCUUUUUGUCCUGUUAGACCUUUUAGCUAAGGUGGAAUGGUCAAGUUUAGCCGCGUCUCCAAAGCUGAGACAGAGUGAGGCCAGGUACCCAGGGCGUCAUAGGUUACGCAGGGUAUGACCGACAUGCCAAGGUGAUGCCAAGUGAUCUGGAGGAGAGAAGGAAGGCUGGUGUAGACCUGGAGCUCUUAGCACUUGUCAUGAGAGUGGGGACGUGGGUGAUGGCACCCUUCCUCUGAGCUGAGUGGGCUCGGGCCUGGAGCUCCACAGCCUGCAGGGCAUGAUCGUGGUUUCCAUUUUCCCCGACAGCCUUGCCUGGCACUCCAUGGCAAGUCCAGCGUUUCUUCUUGCUUACUCUUGCCACCAACCCAGCCUGGCCCCUGUCCAGUGUCCUUACAGCUCUGCUGAGGAGGUCUUGGCAGUGAUCUCAGGCACUGUGAGAAAUGGAAUCCUCUCCUGAAAAAGCAGGAAGCUGAGUUUUCCUCUGCAUUUCUGGGUGCAGUGUUCGCCAGUUCUCAUACCUCUCCCUGGGCUGUGGAGGAGAGGAGCAAAGGUUGGCACUAGACAGGGACCCUCUUCACAGCAGUCGGGAAGGAGCCCUGCGCGAGUCUCAUGCUGACCCCUCCCCUGGUCCAGAGAGCGCUUUGGCGCUUGCCUACCAUCCCCAUGGCACCCCUCCACAGCCCACUUCUGUGAGGGCGCCCUCGCUCUGCUGCCCGAGCCAUGCAGCAAGGACACUGGAACUGUAGACUGUAAGCUAGUGUCAACCAAUAAAGCCGGUAUUUGACACGUC